UCUAUUACCCAACUCUCUUUUUAUUUUGGUUUCAAAGAAAAUGUCCAAUUAAAAGUGGAUUUGAAGUUUCCACCACUGAUAAUGAUAAACUGAUAAUCACCCAAAGCAACAAUCAUUUCAAAUGCAUCCUAUUCCUUUGAUCCCAACAUGCUUUUUCAUCUAUUCCUUAUUCUGCAUAUAAACCUACAAAUCUCAACCUCAAAAGAUUCAUAGUUGACACAAUACAGUCUUCCCAAAACCUUCACCUCAGAGAUUUUCUCUGCUUUCAUCUCACAAGUUACAACACAACAAUGCUGGAUCCAGCCACUGAAUUGGUGCCACCACCAUCUUCACCCACAAUCUCUUCCAUUUCUUCAUCUGAUCUUGACACUGAGUCCACCGGAUCAUUCUUCCAUGACAGAAGCACCACAUUGGGGACUCUGAUGGGAGUGAAUUUCCCAACCAUUACAUUCAGAGUCCCAUCGCAGCACCGGAACCCGAAUUCCGCAGCCGAGGUUACCGGCGGUGCAAGGAGGACCGCCGCAGCAGUCAAAAAGAAGAAAAGGGCUACCAUCGUGUCGACGUCGACAGCGGCGGAGAGACGGCGGAAGUGGUGGCAGCUUUGCCGCGAUGGUGACACCAGAUCGGCGUCGCUGGGCGAGUUUCUCGAGGUGGAGCGGCGCUUCGGCGACGGCGAGUUCUACGGCACGGCGGCGGAGCUCGAGGGGAUGGUCGCCGGCCACCAGCAGAGGAACGGUGGAAGAGUGUUGUUCGUCGACGGGAGGGUUCUUCCGCCCACAGCCGACGUCGACGACGGAGCACGGGCGGCAGAGAGCCUUUGCAAUCGGUUUCCGGUCGCGCUCGCCGGAAUUUGCAGCGGCGGAGCCGCAUAGAUUGGAAGAUUAAGAUUCUUUU